CCAUGGCGCCAUUCCUGAAUUGUGAUAAUCCGUACUCAAACCUGGAGAACCCCAGACGCGCCUCAGCCACACUUUGUAGAUCCACAAGUUCCCGUCACCAGCAGCAGCAACCUACCUCAACGACCCUCUAGCAGCAGCUCACACAAGUCCACAAUGGCACGCCUCAGGAAGAAGCCGCCAUCACAGCACCAGACGACACAGACAGCGCAUACCACCAAGGCCAAAGUCAUGUCCGGCACACAAGGUCUACGCGUCGGGGGCGCCGGCUCAUGGAGUGUGCGCACGCAGUGGAUCUUCUUUGCUGUCGCCAGCGGCGCGUGUGCAGCAUUCAACGGUGUAUUUGCAAAGCUGACUACGACGUCCCUUACGACGUCGCUGUCAAACAGCAUUGCUAAUGCGCUUGGCCUGUCUGACUGGGAGACCGUCAUGGAGUAUAUCGUGCGCGGGACCUUCUUUGGGCUCAAUCUCAUCUUUAAUGGCAUUAUGUGGUCGCUGUUCACCACGGCAUUGGCCAAGGGGACCUCAACAACCCAGGUCUCCAUCAUGAACACCUCGGCCAACUUUAUGCUCACGGCGUUCAUGGGAGCCAUUAUCUUCAGCGAGCAGCUGCCUCUCAUGUGGUGGGCAGGGGCUGCAUUUUUGGUGGUCGGGAACGUGAUCAUUGGGAGAAAGGAUGAGAGCAAGGAGGGUGCGGGCGAGGACGAUGCUGGGUACGCGGCCGUUGCGCAGUCAGAGGAUAUUGAGCCCAGAGGGUCGAGCAGAGAGGAAGAAGAGGAGGCUAGAGAUGAGGAUGUUAUUGACCUAGGGGAUCUGCAUGAUGAAAGGAGAUAGAUAGGAUAGCAGCACAUGGACAUUUGAGACAACGGCCC